CAUUAUAUCAAACUCUCCAUACAAAUAACAACCUACCAUUCACCACCACUGUCACACGCCAUGGAUACAUCUCAAAUCCAACACCACCAACCGCAACCGCCCCCAACUGCAGUAAUAUCAACCGAAUCAAUCAACAUAUCCAUCGAAAAUCUAAUCAAAUCCUGCAAAAGACGGCGGAAAUGGGAGUUCUUCUCAGGAUCAACCAAACAAACUUCCAACAACAAAUCUCCUUGGAGAAACCGUUUAACAGGUUUCCUAGAAUCAACCCCGGUUCAUAUCAUUGCCAUUGUGUUGCUAGUCGUUGAUCUUGUUAUGGUAGUUCUGGAACUCUCGAAAACUAUCGUUUCUUGUCCCGCAAGCAACAGAAUUAACAAGAAAGUAGAUCUUUGGUACCAUUGGAUAGGAAUUGGGAUCUUGGUCAUUCUUGCUACCAAAAGUGUGGCACUAGUAGUUGGGUGCGGGAGUUCGUUUUUCAAGCGCCCUGGGUUGGUUGCUGAUGGCGUGGUUUUGAUUGGCGCAUUGUUGUCUGAAAUUUUGUUGGAACGGGUUGGGGUUGGGUUGAUUGUUGUGGUGAGCUUGUGGCGGGUUUUGAGGGUUGUUGAGAGCGCUUUUGAGCUGAGUGAUGCAGCUAUUGAAGCGCAGAUAACAAGUAUAUUAUGUCAGUUUGAGUUGCUUCAAGAAGAAAAUGUAAGGCUCAACAGGAUUAUAGAAGAACUGCAAGAACAACUCGAUAAUCGAGUUUAGAGAAGUGCUCUCAAGUAUAAUUAGUAAUGAUUAUCAAAUGAACGCACAAACUUAUGUGCAUACACUUGUAGGAUGUAUCAUAUUCAUAUAUGUAUAUGAUUUGUAGAAUAAUGUGAAGUAAUACGCACAAAACAAUUAAAAUUUCUUA